CAGGCGAGUCAAAGACCUUUCACAUUGGGUCUCCACCCACAGUGGAACUUGAUGUUUGGUUCUGCCUGUCCUUACUAUCUUGGGCGGACGUUGUAUAUAAGAAACGGGUGGUGUUGGCUUUGUUUCUGUGGGCUGCUGUCCACUGUAGCGCUGUAAACUGAGGAGAUCCUUGUAGAGUAAGGAGGACAGGGCAAGGUGGGGUGAGGGACAUGGCAUCCCUUCUGAUGCGUAUCUUUCGUUUGGGCCCGGAGAAGAAGAGGGUGAAGCAUUAUGAGAACCUCCGGAGAGACGUGGACCCUCGAGAGACCUGGGACACCCAGGGGGAGCUGGGAGACGGGGCCUUUGGGAAGGUCUACAAGGCCCAGAACCACACCACUGGGGCCCUGACUGCUGCUAAAGUGAUGGAGGUACGCAACGAGGAGCAGCUUGACGACUAUAUCACCGAGAUCGACAUCCUGGCAGCCUGCCGCCAUAACAACAUCCUUGGGUUGUUGGACGCCAUCUUCUUUGAGGGUUGGCUGUGGAUCCUGGUUGAGUUCUGCCCAGGGGGGGCCUUGGAUGACAUCAUGUUAGAGCUGGAGCGGGGCCUGUCUGAGCAGCAGAUCAGUGAGGUAUGCUGUCAGACCCUGCAGGCUCUGUGCUACCUCCACCAGCACCACAUCAUCCAUAGAGACCUGAAGGCAGGCAACAUCCUCCUCACCAUGGAGGGACACGUCAAACUGGCCGACUUCGGAGUGUCUGCCAAAAACAUACACACCCUCCAGAAAAGAGCCACUUUCAUUGGAACCCCUUACUGGAUGGCUCCAGAGGUGAUCCAGUGUGAGACCUCCAAGGAGAACCCGUAUGGCCCCAAGGCGGAUGUCUGGUCCCUGGGCGUGACGCUGAUCGAGGCUGCAGAGAUGGAGCCCCCUCACCACUCACUCAACCCUAUGAGGGUCCUGCUCAAGAUCACCAAGUCCCCCCCACCCACCCUCAGCAACCCACGCCUCUGGUCCUCCCAUUUCCAGGACUUCCUGCGGAGAGCGCUGCAGAAGAACCCUGAGGCCCGGUGGGGAGCCCAGCAGCUCCUGGCACACCCCUUCCCCUGCGCUGGACGGGAUGGUCGAGCCCUGAAGGAACUCAUCGCCGAGGCCAAGGCUGAGGUGAUGGAGGAGACAGCGUCCCUGAUCGACCAUGGGGGCUCUCUAGACGAGGACACGAUUGUGGGGUCGGAUGGAGGGACUGCCCAGUCUGAGAAGGGGCAGGAAGAAGAGACAAUGCAGGUACCAGAGAAACCUCAGGAGGGCCCAUCUAUCAUACAGGCUGGUAUGAGUCCACCACCACCUCCACCCAACCCUGACCCAGUCUCUUCCUCCACCCCAGUGAAAGAUGGGGGCACCGCUGGGACCAGGGUGGAGACUCCCAACACGGACAGGGCCAGAAAGUUGGCCAGGCGUCUGUCGGUCUGGGAGCCAGGGACCUUUCUCUCCUUUCUGACCACCGGGUCUCGGCGCUGCAAGUCCGGUCUCUGGGGAGACACACUCUCAAAUCCAGCCAAUCAGACCCAACAGAACAAGGAGGACAGUCCCACUGGCCAAUCAGAAGAGCAGGAAGUGACACAUCCAGCAGGAGAGAGAGAUGCAGGGGAUGCGGAGAAGGAUCUGUGUGAGAAUGUUGGGAGGGGCAGCUUGGAGGGAGGGAUCACUCAACCCAUCCCUGAAACAAAUGACACAGGAGAUGAUGCAGAAGAAAAGGUUGAGGGGCAGAAAAAAGAGAAGGAUGAAAUUUCAAAUGACUGUGAGGCCCAAGACCUUGACCUGGAAGUGGUUUCUUCUUCUGAACAGGAAAUAGUAGGCAUCCACACUGAUAUGAACCAAAACAGUACCAAUGACUCUGUUGGUGAUGCACUUGACUCAGACAAUAAACAACCAAUUACUGAGGCUCAAUGUUCAGUUAAGGAAAUUGGUAUCCUUAAAUCAGAAACAAAUAAUGAUACUAAGCAUAGGGUAGAAGAAGCUCCUCGCCAGUUAGUGCACAAACAAAGUCCACUGGUUAUAGCCUUGUCUUUGGAAAUGCCCCGCCCAUCCACAAAAGAGAGAGGAGAAACCCAGCACUCAGUGCUAGACUUUCUGGAUCUCUCCACUCAUAACCACUUCAAGCUGGCCACCAGUGGGAAAGCUGAGGAAGAGACAAAACAGAGCAAAGACGAGAUGACGGAAGGGACCAAGGAGGAAAUACAAAAGGAGAGGGGAGAGGAGGAGCAGGAGCAGGACAAGGAUGAGAAGAUUUUAGAAGAGAACGAACUACAUGCUAAGAGAGAUGAAGAGGCAGAGCACGAGGGGAGUAUGGUAGAAGAAAGGGAUAAGAUGCAGAUAAAUAAAGAAGGAAUACAAGACAAGACAUAUGUAGAAGAAGAACAGGAGGUCAAGGUGGAGUUAAAGACAAGCAAGGGAGAGACAAGCAACUGUCCAGACAUUGAGAAAACUCCAGACAAAGGAAUGGACUUAAAAGAACAUGAAGCAAGUCCUGAAAUGGAGGACGGAGAAUCUAAGAGUGAUAUUGAAGAGACUGUACAAUCAGAACAAACAGGAGAAAUACAGACUGAAACAGAGAAGCAAAGAAGUGAAUCAACAAUGGAAGUUGAGACCAGUGAGAAGGAGAAGAGUUUGAGGGCAGACACAGAAGAUAAAAUCCUUGAUAUCAAAGUGACUGAAUGUGAAAAUGUAGAGAGAGCAGAGGACAGAACAGUGGGAAAAGAUGAACAGAGUAAAGAGGAGGACCUUGGAUUAGAAAGUGAUGACAUUGUGAUUAUCCAAGCACAAGAAUCCAAUAUGAUCAUAAAGCAGGAACCGAAAGAAGAGAGAAACAAACAAGAAGACAGUAAGGGAGAAGAGAAGAUGACUGACCCCCCAACUGGAGAACCUAUGAUGAGGGUAAACUUGACCUUGGAGUCAAAUAGUGGGAGGGAGGAAGGAGGGAAAGAGGAAGGAGGGAAGAAGCUGGAGGAAGGAGGUAAGGAGGAGGAGGCAGGUCAGACCCAAUUAAACAUAUUGACCGAACAGAGCUCAACUAGAUCUCAGGGAACAACUACAGACACAGUACACCUGAACUCAGCAUCAAAUGGAAACUGGCACCAAGUGACAGACAAUAAACCCAAGAUGGCUGCCAUUGAUGACCAAGCUGACAUGACAGAGAAAGACAACUCAACAAUGACAGUCUCAACAAUGUCAAGACCUGUAGAGGAGUUGAUCCAUAACAGGAAGACGGUCAAAAGGACCCGGAAGUUCAUGGUGGACGGCCGAGAGGUCAGCGUCACCACGUCAAAGGUCCUGAAAGAGACCGAUGGGAAAGAGCGGCGCAUGCGGUCUGCCAGGCGCCAGGAGCUGCAGGCUUUAAAGCUCCUUCAGAGGGAGGAGCAGAGAGAGUACUCCCAGAUGGAGCAGCGGCUGCAGCAACAGAGAGAGAUGAUGUUCCGACAGAUCGCCCAGGAGAUGACAAGCAAGAAGCAGUAUUACGACGGUGAGCUGGAGCGGGUAGAAAAGCAGUAUGUUCAGCAGAGCAGCCGCAUGGAGACAGAGCACACAGCCAGGCUCAGAGAGGACGCACGCAGACUCAAGAGCCAGCAGGAGCGAGAGCUGAACCGCAAGGCUGCUGUACUGAAGGCUCAACCCAGAGAAGUACACCGAUUCGCACGCAAACACACGCACGCACAACAUGCACACACACACACACACACUUACACACCAACACACACACAGAGAGCCCUUGGUAUAUCUUGUUUCCUCUUGUGUUCAUCCCAGGAAGCGCGUUACUUGCAGAAGCAGCAGCAGGAGCUCAAUGAGACGCUCCAGAAAGGAGUCCAGGAACACAAGAGGAAGGUGGCCUCUAUGGAGUGGGAUAUCACUGUCAAGACCCAGCAGCUUAAGAGAGCCCGGGAAUCAGUAAUUUGGGAGAUGGAGCAACGUCAUCUGCAGGAGAAGUACCAUCUCUUCAAGCAGCAGGUGAAGGAGCAGUAUUCACUGCAAAGACAACAGCUUACCAAGAGGCACAGCAAAGAUACAGAUAGGGCGUCCCAGUUCCAUCGGGCAUUGCUGGAUGAGCAGAGGGCCCAACAGGCCCAGGAGAGGACCCAGCUCCAGCGAGCCCAGCGCACCGAGGCCAAGGCCAGGCUGGCCCACUUCAAGCAAGAGUUGAAGACACUGGGCCUGAGUGGGCAAGAGCACAGGCAGCGCCUCACACUGUUUAUGUCGGAGGAGGAGGGCAUUCAGCGAGCUGAGAGGCAGAGUUUGCAGCAGGUCCAUGAGGGCCAGCUGAGGGAGGUGCAGGAGCAGUGUGACGGCAAUAUGACUGAACUCCAGGAGCUGCAGAAUGAGAAACUGCAGCUGUUAGUUGAUAUGGAGAAGAAGAAGAUUCGGAGACUGGAGGAUGAACACACUCUAGAGCUGAACGAGUGGAAAGACAAGCUGGCCUGCAGGAAAGAGGUGUUGGAGGAAGACCUGGCUCGCCGGAGGAGAGAGAAGGAGGGAGCGAAGAGACGGGGGAGUGAGCCUGAGUCCCGGUUUGCACCUCGACGCUCACGAUUCUUCUCAAGCCUCAACUUCUCUUAACUGACCACGACCAAAAGAGAAAACAAUCCUGAAAAAUCUAACUGCGUUUUAUAUCAGACACACACUCUUACAGGGAACUCACAUACGUGUAUAUAAACAACAUACUAUUAUUUUACUCUGACAGUGCCUGACAUUUUUUAAAGGACCUAAACUCAUUAUACAGAGGAGUGAGUAUAAGAGGAAUUACUGACAAUAUUUUUUAUUUUUGUCAAAUAUUGUAUAUGCCUCUCUUGCAAGAGAAUAUAGGACAUGUUUGUACAUAUUUCAAUAGUUGACCACUGAAGGAUGUGUAGCAAGCGACAUUAGUAUGUGUUCUUUCAAACACUGUUGUGGGGCAGACAUUUCCCUUCUAUUAUUUUGAACCUAAUGUUUGCAAUAAAUUACAAAUCCAUAUAAAA